AUCUCCAAAAGGCAAAAUAAUUUCAGUAUUUACGACUAGGGCUUUUGCGGAGCCUCUUUCUGAAUUUCUGAUCCACACCACCUACGUUUCACAGUCGUCGUCCUUCGCGGUUUUCAGUUUUGCAGAAGAGAGGGGGCGGAUUCGCAAUCGGACCAGUGGGGUUAGGGCUUUGCAGGAAUUAAAGCUUCAACCUUCCCAUACUCUCUCGAAGCUGAUGCAAAAAUGAGUUCGUUCUCGAUUACGCGGAAGAAGACUCCGUUCCAGAAGCACAGGGAGGAGGAAGAGGCAAAGAAAAAGAGAGCGGAGGAUGAAACAGCUCGCUUAUAUGCGGAGUUUGUGGAGUCAUUUCAAGGGGAUAACGCACCGGGGUCGAAGGCCUUUGUUCGUGGAGGAACAAUCAAUCCCAAUGAGAAGGUGAAGCCGGAUUCCGAAGGUGAAAAGUCCAAAGAUGGGGUAUCUGUUCCAAAGAAGGGGAGUAGGUAUGUUCCAUCUUUCUUACCACCACCUUUGGCAUCCAAAGGGAAAGAAUCCGAGAAGAAGGUCAGUACCCUGAUAGAGAGGGAGGAGGAGAGACCGAGGGAGAAAGAAAAAGGAAAGUCUCGAAACAUAGAUCAUUUUAUGGAAGAGUUGAAGCGUGAGCAGGAGAUGAGGGAGAGGCGAAAUCAAGACCGUGAAAAUUGGCAUGAUGGGCGGCAGAUUGAGAAUUCUACACCAUCCAGUCGCUUUGAUGAACUUCCUGAUGAAUUUGAUCCAAGUGGAAAGCUUCUUGGAUCAUUUGAUGAUGGUGAUCCACAAACUACUAAUCUAUACGUUGGAAAUCUUUCGCCAAAGGUUGAUGAAAAUUUUCUUUUGCGAACUUUUGGAAGAUUUGGGCCUAUUGCUAGUGUGAAAAUAAUGUGGCCUAGGACAGAAGAGGAGCGAAGGCGCCAAAGAAAUUGUGGCUUUGUAGCUUUCAUGAACAGAGCUGAUGGACAGGCAGCGAAAGAUGAAAUGCAAGGAGUGGUGGUUUAUGAGUAUGAGUUGAAGAUUGGGUGGGGCAAGUCUGUUGCUCUACCAUCACAAGCUCUACCUGCUCCCCCUCCAGGACAUAUGGCCAUCAGGAGUGAGGGUUCCACUGUAAUCUUGUCUGGUCCAUCAGGUUCAUCAGGCCCGCCUGUCACUUCUGUUCCUAGUCAGAAUUCUGAACUGGUUCUUACUCCAAAUGUUCCUGAUAUAACCGUUGUUCCACCAGAGGAUGAUCACCUCCGCCAUGUGAUUGAUACAAUGGCUUUGUAUGUUCUGGAUGGUGGAUGUUCCUUUGAACAAGCUAUUAUGGAGAGAGGUAGAGGGAAUCCUCUUUUCAACUUCUUGUUUGAACUUGGCUCAAAAGAGCACACCUACUAUGUUUGGAGACUCUAUUCAUUUGCUCAGGGUGAUACUCUACAAAGGUGGCGAACAGAACCUUUCAUUAUGAUUACUGGUAGUGGAAGAUGGAUUCCACCACCUCUGCCAACAGUAAAAAGCCCAGAACAUGAGAAAGAGGCCGGUACAACAUAUGCUGCAGGAAGAAGCAGGCGUGUAGAGCCAGAAAGAACACUUACUGAUUCACAGAGGGAUGAAUUUGAAGAUAUGUUACGUGCAUUAACAUUAGAGAGGAGUCAGAUAAAGGAUGCUAUGGGAUUUGCAUUGGACAAUGCUGAUGCAGCUGGGGAGAUAGUUGAAGUUCUUACAGAAUCUUUGACUCUUAAGGAGACCCCUAUCCCAACCAAAGUAGCAAGACUCAUGCUUGUCUCUGAUGUGCUUCACAAUAGCAGUGCUCCGGUAAAGAAUGCAUCUGCAUACCGCACCAAAUUUGAAGCUUCAUUACCAGACAUAAUGGAGAGCUUUAAUGAUUUGUAUCGUAGCAUAACAGGAAGGAUCACUGCUGAGGCCCUUAAGGAAAGAGUUCUGAAAGUAUUGCAAGUAUGGUCGGACUGGUUUCUUUUUUCAGACGCUUACGUGAAUGGAUUACGGGCUACUUUUCUUCGGUCUGGGAACUCUCAUGUGGUCCCCUUUCACUCCAUAUGUGGUGAAGCACCUGAAAUAGACAAAAAGACCACUUCCGAAGAUACAAGUGAUGCUAGUAAAACCAAUCAAGAUGCUGCUUUGGCAAUGGGCAAAGGAGCAGCUAUGAGGGAGUUAAUGAGUCUUCCCCUAGCUGAGUUGGAAAGACGCUGCAGACAUAAUGGAUUGUCUCUUGUUGGUGGUCGAGAAACAAUGGUUGCACGUUUGCUUAGUCUUGAAGAAGCAGAAAAACAAAGGGGCUACGACUUAGAUGAUGACUUGAAAUUUGCUCAGAAGCAUUCAAGUUCAGCUAGAAAUUCAAGUAGCCGCAGAGAAAGGAAUAUUGAACCAGACCCAGUGGAAAUGUCUGGAUGGAAUCGUAAUGUAGAGGAUGAGUUACAGUCUCAAGGGAAGGGUUCCCUACCCUUGGCCCAGACCUUUCCCAUCCCGCAUCCUGAACUAAAUGCGUUUACAAAGAAAGAGAAGAGUGACCCUAUUCUACCAGCUUCUAAAUGGGCGCGAGAGGAUGAUGAUAGUGAUGACGAACAAAAGCAGGCUCGGGGUCUCGGGUUAAGCUACUCAUCUUCCGGAAGUGAAAAUGCUGGUGAUGGUCCCAGUAAAGCUGAUGAGACGGAGGUCGCAACUGAUGCAAGCAUUCAAGCACAACCUGACAGUGGAAUUAGUGAGGAGCAGAGGCAAAAGUUGAGACGUUUGGAAGUCGCUUUGAUAGAAUAUCGUGAAUCUCUUGAGGAGCGGGGAAUAAAAAAUCUUGAAGAAAUUGAGAGGAAGGUUUUAAUGUAUCGGAAACGGCUUGAAUCAGAAUAUGGGUUAUCAGAUUCCAGUGAAUAUGCUUCCGGAAGUAAGAGAACAUCCUCAGAGAGGGACAGACGGGAUGCCGAUACUCGUGAUGCUUCAAGAAAGCGGCACCGCAGUGGAAGCCAAGGUGAUAGUCCACUACAAAGAUCAUCAAACAGAGAUCGGGAAAGGGAAAAUGAUUUAGACAGAGACCGGGAAAGGCAGCGGGAUAGAAACAGAGACAGACCCCGUGAUUUUGAAGUUGAUAGGGGGAGGGGCCGGGACCUGGAUCGUGAGAAGAGUGGAAGUAGAGACAGGGAUGACCAUGAGAGAGAUAGAAGCAGAGAAGGAGACAGGGAUAGGAGGAGAAGAAUGAAAUGAGUCUAUCCUGAAGAACUCUUGAAAAGAGUUGGGAAUCUAAUCGAUAAUUUCCAAAAUUUGAGUCCCUUUGGGAAUCGUGGUGCAAUGUUUCUAGACGAAGCAAUGUCGCGGCCAAGAUGGCGUUAAGCAGGCGUCUGAUAUGGAAGAAGAAUCCUUUGGGUUCCAAGUGUUGCAGAACAUGUUCUGUGUUUUCUAGUGAUUAGUUACAUCCUGUUACAGGAAUUUACUUCUUGUUAACCAAUAUUUGUUGGUAAUUAUGUAACGAUUUCGCAUCUUCAUUGCUUUUUGUAGUGCCACAUUUUGGUACUGGUUUGGUAAUCCACCAGCAGGGGGUGGUUAAUAUCUCAAAUGAAGCCAUCAAAAUCUUACGUUUGUUUUUCUGAAGUUCAAAUUUACCGCGUCCGAUUGUAGCUCAACAGUUGAAAUGUAUGUGAUUGUUUAGUUUCGA